UCAAACCAACGCACUCUCGGCCCAAACGCGGUGUUAGAUCUUCAUGUCUCUCUAGGCUCCAUAUCUCUCUAGAUUUUCUGUGUCCGUCGGGCGUUAUAGUGGUGGUAAGAUAGUAGGAUAGUUAUUCAGAUCUGCCUUAUCGAUCUUCACUCUUUCUCUCUGAUUCGAUUCGAUUCGAUUCAUUUCGGUCGGAUCACGGAAAAAAUUGACCGGACUACAGCCCAAAUCUGGACGAAAGGACCGUUGCUUCAAUUCCAAAUUGAUCCGCCACAACACCUGCUUUCAUCUCCUUCUUGUUUUCCUUUGCCCUAGACGCAUUUCUGGCUAAACAAGCCCAUGAGAAUUGGAUUGUCUGGGUAGUUGUUGUCUGAAUUACGCAUUUUUUAUAUAAGGACCGAUUAAAGAUCUUGGUUUUUUGAAUUGAUUUUGGUUUUGGUUAUCAAUGGCAACUCCUGGGGGACCUAGACCCGGCAAUACACCGCCUAAUUAUAACCCCAAUUCUCUUGCUGAUAAUAUGCAAAACCUUCAAAUGAAUCGCCCUACACUGCCGCCACAUUCAGUGGUCAAUUCAGGUGGCCCCAGGCCUCCGCCUCCUUUUGGCCAGCAACCCUCUCCAUUUUCUUCAUCAGCUCAUCCUUCGUCUACAUUUCCAGGGGCAUCACCAAUGGCCCCUCCUGGCCCGUCUCCACCAGGUGUCUUUCCGAGGGCUUCAGUGCCUCCUGGUGGUCCUCUGCAAGCCACAUUACGCCCAAAUGUGGAUUCCAAUAGACCCUCUGGCCCUCCUGUUAGUCGGCCUCCGCCGUUUGGGUCGAGGCCCCCACCUCCUGGGUCUUUACCCCCUUCCAUGGGGAGUCCAUCUGUUCCCCCUUCUGGGGUACCUCCUUCUGCUUUCCCAUCUUCAGGACAAGUAGUGGCACCACUGGGUUCCCGUCCUGGCAUGUCUGCAUCUUCCCCUUUGAUGACCCGUUCAGCCAUGCCACCUUCGAGUACCCCAGGCCCAAUUAGUAAUGGACCGCCGAUGUUUGAAUCAGGGCCUUUGCAAGGUGGACCCCGUUUUCCUCCUGCUGGUGGUAUGCCAGGACCACCAGUUGGACCUCCGCCAUCAUCAAUGUUUUCGUCUGGGCCUCCUUCCCAGGUCCCAGGAAUGCAUCCUCUUGUUGGAAGUCCCCCUGCCAAUGCAUUUCCGAGUACUAUGCAACCAGCCCCACCAUUUUCAGCACCGCCACAAGGUGUGCCGCCACCUUCAGGUUCCUCACCAUUUUCAGCACGACCACAAGGUAUGCUGCCUCCCUCAGGUUCGUCACCAUUUUCGGUGCCAUCUCAAGGCAUUUCCCCACCAUCCGGUUCUCUUUAUGGGCCACAGACAUGGCUGACGCAGCCCCGGCAGGUGGCUCCACCUCUACCAGUUCCUGCUUCCGCACAACCACCCAGAAUGGUUGGAAUGCCACCUACAGGUCCAAAUCAAUCUAUCGCUUCUAUAUCACCUGCUAUGGGUCAUAUGGGAGCCACUAUGGCGGGGUCAUCAAAGAUUGAUCCAAAUCAAAUUCCACGCCCAAUUCCAAGUUCUUCGGUGUUACUGUAUGAAACUCGUCUGGGCAAUCAGGCCAACCCUCCUCCGCCGGCUACAAGUGAUUAUAUUGUCAGGGACACUGGGAAUUGCAGUCCACGCUACUUGAGGUGUACCAUAAAUCAGAUCCCAUGCACGGUUGAUCUUUUGACAACGUCUGGAAUGCAGUUGGCUUUGUUGGUCCAACCCCUGGCCCUUCCUCAUCCAUCCGAGGAACCCAUCCAAGUCGUGGAUUUUGGGGAAAGUGGUCCUGUUCGAUGUUCUCGUUGCAAAGGCUACAUAAAUCCUUUCAUGAAGUUUAUUGAUCAGGGAAGGCGUUUCAUCUGUAACUUGUGCGGUUUUACGGAUGAAACUCCCCGUGACUACCACUGCAAUUUAGGUCCAGAUGGUAGACGCAGAGAUGCUGAUGACAGGCCUGAGCUAUGCAGAGGAACGGUUGAAUUUGUUGCUACAAAGGAAUACAUGGUCCGUGAUCCAAUGCCUGCUGUGUUUUUCUUUCUCAUUGAUGUAUCCAUGAAUGCCAUACAGACUGGUGCAACUGCUGCAGCUUGCAGUGCAAUCAACCAAGUCAUUGCUGAUCUUCCUGAGGGUCCUCGGACAAUGGUCGGUGUUGCUACAUUUGACUCAACCAUCCAUUUCUACAAUCUGAAACGUGCAUCGCAGCAGCCGUUGAUGCUGAUAGUUCCCGAUGUGCAAGAUGUUUACACUCCUCUCUAUACCGAUGUUAUUGUUCCAUUUGCUGAGUGCCGUCAACAUUUAGAACUGCUGCUGGAGAACAUCCCAACCAUGUUUCAUAAUAAUAAAACUGCUGAUUCAGCCUUUGGUGCGGCAAUCAAGGCUGCUUUUUUGGCAAUGAAGAUUACUGGAGGGAAACUCCUAGUAUUUCAGUCAGUCUUGCCAUCAGUUGGCAUUGGAGCCCUUUCUGCUAGAGAGGCUGAAGGAAGAACAAACAUCUCCACAGGGGAGAAGGAAGUCCAUAAAUUACUCCAACCAGUGGACAAAACUUUAAAGACAAUGGCUGUUGAACUUGCCGAGUACCAGGUCUGUGUUGAUGUAUUCAUUACUACUCAAACUUAUGUAGAUGUUGCUUCUAUCUCUGCCAUCCCAAGAACUACUGGAGGCCAGGUCUAUUAUUAUUAUCCUUUCUCUGCUCUUUCUGAUCCUGCCAAGCUUUACAAUGAUCUUCGAUGGAACAUAACAAGACCUCAAGGUUUUGAGGCUGUGAUGCGUAUAAGAUGUAGUCAGGGACUUCAAGUUCAAGAAUACUUCGGAAACUUUUGUAAACGCAUUCCAACAGAUGUUGACCUACCCUCGAUCGACUGUGACAAAACUAUUAUGGUAACCUUGAAACAUGACGAUAAAUUUCAGGAUGGUUCAGAAUGUGCUUUUCAGUGUGCUCUUCUAUACACCACUGUGUUUGGCGAAAGAAGAAUACGAGUUUCUACCUUAUCGCUGCCAUGCACAAGUUUGUUAAGUAGUCUAUUCCGCUUGGCUGACUUGGACACCCAAUUCGCUUGUUUCUUGAAGCAAGCGGCAAGUGAAAUUCCUUCGAGUCCACUGGUGCAAGUCAGGGAACAAGUGACAAAUCUCUGCAUCAACAUCCUUCAUUCAUAUCGCAAAUUUUGUGCCACAGUAUCAUCAUCUGGACAACUUAUUCUUCCGGAGGCACUUAAACUUUUGCCUCUAUACACCCUUGCAUUGGUUAAAAGUACCGGACUACGAAGUGAUGGGCGGAUAGAUGAUAGGUCCUUUUGGAUCAACUAUGUAUCUUCACUUUCUACUCCUUUAGCAAUCCCAUUGGUGUACCCCAGGAUGAUGGCUAUUCAUGACCUUAACUCAAAGGAGCUGGAUGAAUCUGUAAUACCGCCUGCUAUUCCACUUUCCAGUGAGCACUUGAUUGAUGGCGGAAUCUACCUUCUUGAGAAUGGGGAGGAUUGUUUAAUUUAUAUUGGGAAUUCUGCGGAUCCCGAUAUCAUGCGGCAACUAUUUGGCAUUUCCUCUGUUGAUGAAAUUCCCACUCAGUUUGUACUGCAGCAAUAUGACAAUUCUUCAUCGAAGAAGCUAAAUGAAGUCGUAAAUGAGAUAAGGCGCCAGAGAUGUUCCUACCUACGCUUAAAAUUAUGCAAAAAGGAAGAUCCGUCAGGGAUGUCGUUCUUCUCUUAUAUGGUAGAAGACAAAACUCAAAAUGGCCUCUCCUACAUUGAGUUCUUAGUACAUAUCCAUCGGCAGAUUCAAAGUAAAAUGCCUUGAUCAUAAACAAUUUUGGCCUGAUUUGCGAGUUCUUACAACCAUUUUGUGAGGCAAAUGGAUAAAAUUCAGAUUUUUGGCUUUCACCGUAGGGGCCCCACUCACCAAAAUUUUGGUGGAAAGCAAGAUGAGCAUAGUUUGUGUCUUAGUUUUUGCAUAGUUAUUAUAUUUUGACAGAGGUCAGGAUGGUAAUAAUAAAUAUACAAAGCAAACUUUUAUCUCUCUGCUUACAUUACCAUUUAUUAUUUUCCUCCUCAUUAUUUCUUUCUAUUUUUCUUGUUUACUGUGGAAAGGGGAAAAAAUUGUAGAAACAAGUUAGUUGAUCAAAUGGAUGAAAGCUAGUGUUGAA